CCACCAGGGAAAGAGACCCCAGGAAUGCCUGAAGUGGUGGAAAAGAAUGGGCUUUUCUCAGAGGUCAGAGCUGCUUCAACAUCAGCAAAUCCACACAGGAGAGAAACGUUACAAGUGCGGCCAAUGCGAGAAGGCCUUCGCUCAGAAGUCACAACUUUGGCUCCAUGAGGAAGUUCACAAAGAAACCAAGUCUUAUAAUCCGUGCGGGCGGGGAAAUGCCGAGCGAUCAACUCUUCGGAGUCGCAAGAAAAGAAACCGAAGGGAGAAAAAUGAAGAGUGCCCAGAAUGUGGGAAAUGUUUUUCCACCCAGGCCUUCCUGAUACGACAUUGGAGAAUUCACACUGGCAACAGACCCUACCAAUGCUCCGAUUGUGAGAAACAAUUUAUGUAUUUUUCAUCACUUUGCAGACACCAGAAACGGCACCCAGGAAAGAAACGCCAUACCUGUGAGGAGUGUGGGGAAAGCUUUUCCUCCAGCUCCUAUCUUCGUGCGCACCAGGAUGCCCACACAGGGGUGAAACUGUACAAGUGCGCAGAGUGUGGGAAAUCCUUCGUUACAAAGGGAAACCUGUGGCAACACCAGAUGAUUCACUCACAGGAAAAGUCCUUCCAGUGCAUCGAGUGUGGAAUGUUCUUUCAUACCAAAGGAGGCCUCAAACGUCACGCGAAAAUUCACAAAGGAGAAAAAGAUUACAAAUGUUUAGACUGUGGGGCAGCCUUUGCUUAUUCGUCGUCCUUAAGAAACCACUGCAACAUCAUGCAUAUCGGAGUCUCCCCUCAUAAGUGCCCCGUCUGUGGCAAAUGCUUUUGUAGAAAAGCAAAUCUUUUGAAGCAUCAGCAAAUUCAUACCGGACAAAAACCUCAUCGGUGUCAGGAAUGUGGGAAAUCUUUUACUCUCAAAGAAUAUCUCCGGAACCAUGAGAAAUUUCACACGAAUGAGAAACCUCACAGGUGUGGGGAGUGCGGGAAGUGCUUUACGUGCCAUUCAGACCUUCAGAAACACUUGCGGGAAAAGUCCUUUCAGUGCAUUGAGUGUGGGAGGAUUUUUCAUACUAGAGGAGGCCUCAAACGUCACGGGCAAGUUCACAAAGGAGGGAAAGAUCACAAAUGUUUAGAGUGCGGGGCAGCCUUUGCUUAUUUGUCAAAUCUUAGAAAACACAAUCGCAGAAAGCACACAGGAGCGACGUCCCUUAAGAAAGGUAUAGAGACGGCAGAAGAGAAGCCCUUUGCAUGCUCGGAAUGCAGUAAAUCUUUUUACGAGAAAGCCCACCUUUUGAUCCAUCAGGUCACUCACACUGCAGAAAAACCUCACAAAUGCCUGGCCUGUGGGAAAUAUUUCGCUCACAAAGUCUACCUUAAAAAGCACGAGAUAGUUCACACAGGAGAGAAACCUCACAAGUGUGGGAAAUGUGGCAAGGAUUUUUCUCGCAAGUCCGAACUCCGGCUCCACGAGCAUAUACACACAGGGAUAAAGCCUUAUCAAUGCUCAGAGUGCGGGAUGCGUUUCAAUCACAAUUCAUCUCUUUGGAGUCAUAAGAAAACACACAAUGGUCUGAAAAAGGAAAAGUGCCCAGAAUGUGGGAAAUGUUUUGCUCGUAAGGGAGCACUCCGUGCCCAUCAGAGAAUCCACACAGGGGAGAAGCCAUAUACAUGUUGGGAGUGUGGGAAAUGUUUUACUCAACAGCAAGGACUUUAUGUGCAUCGGUUAGUUCACUCGGGGGAAAAGCCUUAUAAGUGCAUUGAGUGUGGAAUCAACUUCCGUCAUACAUCAUCCCUUAGUAGACACCUAAAUGUUCACCGACAGAAGUGAUGGCUAAACUUUUUCCCAUCGCGUGCCAAAAAACGGGGGGAGCACAAGCGGAGGGUGCGCGGGCGCGCCCACCCCCAUGAUGCUAUGCAGAUUCCACAGAGAAUUCGGGAACAACAUAGGCAGUACCAAUUUUUAACAAACCAGUUAAAUAAAAACAGAAUAAUGUACAAGAUGGUUGGUACCAGAGGGGUUGUGGUAUCUUGGCAAGGAAAAAGAUAUAAGAUAGAGAAUAUAGAAGAAGCACAGAAAUUCUAUGAAGAAUACUGCAAGAGGGAAAUAGAACAAGGAAGCAA